AUGGCAGAAGUGGCUCCUGCUCCGGCCAAAGCUCCCAAGAAGAAAAGCGCCGCCCGGCCCAAGAAAGCCGGCCCCAGCGUCGGCGAACUCAUCGUAAAGGCUGUUUCUCAGUCUAAGGAGAGGAGCGGCGUGUCUCUCGCCGCCCUCAAGAAAGCCCUGGCUGCCGGCGGCUACGACGUGGACAGGAACAACUCCCGCGUCAAGAUCGCCGUCAAGAGUCUCGUGACGAAGGGCACUCUGGUGCAGACCAAAGGCACCGGCGCUUCGGGCUCCUUCAAACUCAACAAGAAACAAGCCGAGCCCAAGAAGAAGCCGGCAAAGAAAGCGGCACCAAAGGCCAAGAAGGCGGCCGCCAAAAAGCCCGCCGCUGCUAAGAAGCCCAAGAAGGUAGCGGCGAAGAAGCCCGCAGCCGCCAAGAAAUCGCCGAAGAAAGCCAAGAAACCCGCGGCCGCCAAGAAGGUGACCAGGUCUCCCAAGAAAGUCAAGAAGCCGGCGGCCCCGAAAAAGGCGGCCAAGAGCCCGAAGAAACCAAAGGCGGUCAAGCCCAAGGUGGCGAAAAGGGCCGCCCCCAAAAAGAAGUAA